AUGACGAAAGUCACUGAGGAUCUAUACGAAUACAUGAAAACCUUGGAUACAAUAUUAAAAAUCGAACCACAACGCAUCUUUCCGGGGCAUGGCAAUAUUAUCGAGGAGCCUCUUCCCAAGAUUGAGUACUACAUAAAUCAUCGCAACAAUCGUGAACAGCAGAUACUCCACUUUUUUACCCAACGACCCCAUAAGCGUUGGCAAUCAAUGGAUGUUGUGCGGGUGGUUUACAGUCAGACCCCUCAGAAGCUGUGGCCCGCUGCGGCCUACAACGUAAGUCACCAUCUCAAAAAGUUGCAAAAGGAGGGAAAGCUGCUGCUCAAUAAAUUAGAUGAAGAAACAUUUUAUGUUUACAAUCCAUUAAGUUUGUUCUAG